AAGCUGGAUACACAUUUCCCGCUUGCAACCUAUAUAACACUUAUCACUUUUGUGGACCGACAGUUCACGGCCAACUUACUGAACAUUUGCCCCACAUCAAGUCAAAGCCUGACGUAUUCAAGACUGAAGUACUGAAGGAUGGGUGCAGCUGCCUUGUUCAAAGGUGAUACAAUGUUAGAAGUCUGCACAGUUUUAGCCAAUUCUGGAAACGACGUCAAUAAAGUCCGGAAGGCAGUAAUGUUAUACAUUGCACAGAAGAAGCAGAAGGGCCGGUCUGAACAAGAUAUACAAGAAAAGCUACUGCAACUGGAGGAUAAGUUCAAGCACAUCGAGGCGUGGCACCCAGCAUUCCAAGAUGCACGAGCAUUGUUCCAGCUUCCCAGGUCCAAACAUAUCCCCCUUCCAAAGUCUGUUAUCAGUGAGCAAGAGGAAAUCGAGCUGCUUAGUGCAAUAGCUACGGGACUGCUCCCCCCCUCUCUCAAAUUACCUUCAACACCGGUCUGUAGCUCGCCAGCACCUAGCAGCUGGGAUGGACCGCCGCCGGGAUUGCAGGACCUACCAUAUGUAUUGCCUUCAUUUUCUUGGGAAGACCACAGUCUGAAAUCUCGCGCGCGUACUCCCUCCUCUCCCGAGCCUGGGCAAAUCAUUUCAUCCAACAUGAUUUUAAUGCUCUCCCAUUACGGUGACUCCGAAGGAGACGACUAG